ACAAGAAAUUAUUUUCCACCUGAAUCUGUCUAACUGACAGCAAUGGGUUGUACCAAAAUCACACAAAUAUCACUUUCAAAUUUGUUCUUAUUUUCUGCAGAAGGAAUAAAAAAAAAAAUAGUGAACUGUAAUUUUAUGGGUAACCUUUCAAACGGUUGAAGCCUGUUGAAAAACAGUUGAGUGCAGAGCCCCCACUAACACCUGCAGAUCGCACGUAAACGGCAUUCGAAAUGCCUUGCCAGCGAAUGAUCACUGAAUCUAAAAGACAGGAUAACAUGAAUGGAAGGCGUAGCCAAUCUCCACAUAGUCAUCUUUGUGAGAUUCCUGAAAACAAUAACCUGGCACAGGACUCUCUAUCCAAUGGAGUCCAUGAAGAAGCAGCAGCGAGAACAUGCACAGAAACAUUAGAAGAUGUCAGUCAUACACAGACAAGCCAAGCCAACAGGAUCACUGAAGCCAACACAAGGGCACGAACACGGGGGCAGAUCCUAAGGCUGAAGCAAAAGAUUGCAAGCCUUCCACUACGCGUAGUAGGCGAGGAAGACGAAGACUUUUGUAUCAUUUGCUUGUCAGAUUAUAAGAGUGGGGAGGAAGCCUACAGUUUGCCAUGCAACCAUCAUUUCCAUGCCAGGUGUCUAACGGAGUGGCUAAUAGAGCGGCCUGUGUGCCCUUUGUGUAGGGAGCCAUUUUUUGCUAACUAGUUAAAUGGAGCAUCGAAUGGUGACCAAUAAAUGCAAUCACUGAGACCAAA